UUAAAAUAUCUUGGCGUCAUCCGGCCAAAAAAAUGAAAAAAUGAAAUUACAAAAUGAAAUGGUUUUCAAUCAAUUAUUUGAACAUUCUUGUCAAUAACAAUGAGCUCAAGUACGAGUACAGAUGCAGACGAAGAAAGGAGAGUUAAAGAUAUCAUAGACACUUUGAAAUCGGAAGGACUGUUUGAUCAGUUUAGGAAAGAAUGUCUAGCUGAUGUUGACACAAAGCCAGCCUAUCAGAAUUUAAGACAAAGAGUUGAAGGAUACGUAUCCCGAUUUCUAUCAAGACAACAAUGGAGUCCAAGUCUAAACAAAAACCAGCUCAGAGACAACUUAAGAAAGCAAAUUACUGCAUCUGGGAUGUUGGCUAAUGGUGUAGAGAGAGUGAUAGAACAAGUCAUAAAUCCUAAAAUACUUCAGCUGAUUAAACCAAAGAUUGAUGAAGUUGUUUGUAGUCAUCUGGGUAUUGAUUCUAAAGAAAGAAAAGCCCAACAAGAGGCCCAGAAACAACAGCAGAAAGAAACGAUGCAGAGUUUAAUGAGCAUAAAUAUGUCUCAAGCUGAACAAAAUCAGACCAGUACUCCCAGUAGUUUUCAAGGAGAGCAAUCAACAACACCGGCAGCUCCAACCUUCUCAUCACCAUAUUCACAAGCUAUCUGGACUCAACAGAUGCCACCACAAGUAGCCUUUGGUGGCAUGAUGCCAAAUUAUCCAAUGGUUCCCCCAUUUGGUGGAUUUCCACCCUUUGGAAUGCCCCCUCAGAUGUUUCCAUAUUGGAAUAAUUUCAUGUUUCCACAGCCGAUUCCAGGGAUGCCUGGAAUUCCAGGGAUGCCUGGAAUUCCAUUCCCACCACCUAUGUCUUCAGGGGCCACCACCACGACAGUCACAUCAAGUCAGUUCCCUGUUUCUCCAAUACCUCCAGUACCUAGUACUCCAACAACUACAACACAGACAACAGCUGUUGACACGCCCACUCCUCCUAAAUCAUCCCAACCACCGUUACCCCCCACACCACCACCCCCAGGAACAGAGGAUAUACCGGUUGUUAUACCAAAAGAAGAAAGUAAGGACAAAGUAACUAAAGCUUUGUUUAGUAAGCAGGAAGAAAAGGGCGAAACAUAUGAUAUUCCUCUGCCACCUCUUGCCAGGUCAGCUGGAAAAGUGAAAAGUAAAAUGGGUAUUGUUGUUGAGAAUGAGGACAGCAAUCAAAGCUAUGAAAUGGACAUUGAUGAAGAUGAUGAGGGAAGCCAAGACACAAAAAGACCUUAUAAAUUUGCCUGGGAUGAGGUUGUUGAUGCAGACCAGAAAUCUGAUAUCACCAUUAGUUCUGUCCACACCAGUGAUUUAUCAUCAUGUGACUUUGACGAGUUGGGAAGUGGGAGUGAUAACGAUAUGUUUGAUUCAGAUAAAUCUGCAUCAGAGGAUGAUGAAUAUAUAGAGAGACCACAGGCAAGUCCAUUAUCUGUAGCUGGAGAUAAAACACCAGAUAUAAGUGAAGACGAGUUUGAACAUGUUGAAGAUUUAGAAAGCACAGAGGUUCCUCCAAAUACCAGCACAGACAUUGAUGUUCCAGAAGAAGAGUUAAAACCAUCUGCCAGUAUAGAAACAGAGGUACCUCCAACUACCCACACAGAAGCAGAGGUUUAUCCAGCUAUUAGUACAGAUAUUGAACAGGAAACUCCUGCUAGUCACCCUGAAUUGUCUAUACCACUGCCACCUACCUCUGAAGUGGCAACUGCUGUAGAAGUUGUCUCCCCUUCUAAACAUAAGAAGUUAAUAUCACUGCAGUACAAUUAUAGUGAUAGUGAAGACGAAGAAACUAGAGAAGCCAGGAAAUCAAGAAUAGCUAAAGAAAAAGAAGAACGGUAUUUGAAAAGAGCACAAAGAAGAGCUGAGCUUGAAGCCAAGAGGAGGGAACGAGAAGAAGAAAAGGUCAGGCUUAGAGAAGAGAGAAAGAAAAUUAAAGAACAAAAAGCUGACGAAAGCACAGAUAAAGCUCAAACAGAUUCUAGUGAGAGGGUAGAAAGGACAGACAGUUUAGAGGAAUCAAGUCCUGAGAAAGUACCAAGUUCUCCUGAAAAGAAAAAAAGAAAAACAAAAGCUGAGCUCAAAAUGGAACUUACUAAACAGAAAGUUAUGGAGAAGAAAGCAGCAUUACGGAGACAGAGGACAAGAAAUAGAAGGUAUACAUCAGAUGAAUUUACAUCAAUUUUUAAUGAGAAAAAGCAACCAUUUUCCAGUCAGAGCUAUUCUGAAGUUGUCUUUGAAGAGCCAACUAUUGAAGAAACCAUUGUUACAGAUCAUAUUGAAUAUAUAGUGGAUGAGUCUCAAAAUCACCCAGACUUCCACACUCAGGAAGUGUGUGAAACAAUGGAAGGGGAGGUUAUUCUAGAGGAUGGAACACAAUUAAAAGUUGAAGUUUUCAUGGAAGACAUGCCAUCUACGCCUCCUACGCCAACUCAAGAUGAACCCUUUACAGAAGUAGUAACAAUAGAUGAAGAUUCAUCAAGUGCACAAGUAGAAGAUAACUCAGCAUCCAGUACACAAGGAAAAAGUAUUGACAGUUCUGAGAGUGCACGGAGAGCCACAAGUCCACUUAGUGAUGUAUCUGAUGAGUCACUUUCUGAAGUCACAAGUAAAGGGACAAAAAGAAAACGGCAAGGCAGCGAAUCAAAGUAUGCUGAUCAAAAUUCAUACAGAAAUCAGAAUCAAUGGUCUGAAAAAGAACAUAAGAAAUCUCAACGUUACGACGAAUCAGACCUAUACAAACCACGACCAAAUAUCAGUGGUAGUAGGCGAAGAAACUCCUCACCAGGGGCUGCAUUUGAAAAAGAUGAAAGCCAGCAACAACCUAGAAGAAAAAGACAGCCCAGCAGAAAAUCAGAAACUUCAAGAUCAUCUAGACAUUCAAGUAGGUCAAGGUCCAGGUCAGUGAAAUCAGACUGCCAACCUAGUCCAAUCUCAUCAUCCUCAUUGGCAUCAGUACAUAGCAGAGGUUCUUCAUACUCAAGGUCAGGGUCCAGUUCAUCAUCAAGCUCAGAAAAGUCUAAAUCUAGGUCUAGGUCUAGGUCAUCAGGGUCAUCUGUUGAUGAGUUUGGUAGAAGGAAACGCAGGAAGGGAAAGAUGCCAAUUGAAAUGAUUGAUUUUGGAGAAGCUGAGAGGAUGAUCGAAAAAAAUCUGUACAGAGUGAGCUUUGGUGAAGCUGAGAAAAGAGCUGCUUCAAGUAUGGAUGUUCCCAGCAUACCAAAGCCUCCAAAAAUGGUAAAAUAUGAGAGUAUGGAUGUUCCGACCAUUGCCAAGCCUCCAAAAAUGACCAAAUAUGACAGACGAUUCAAAGCAAGAGGAAGAGGUGCAACAAUGACAAGAGGUACAUGGCAAAGACAGAAUUCAUGGCAGUUUCCUGAAGGAGCAAACUCCGGUUCAUGGUCACCACAAGGGUCACCUACUAAACGAUAUUAUUUUCCAGAACCUGGGAGAUCUCCUUCUCCCCAGUCUCCAGUGAGAGAAGUCUCUCCUGGUAUGUGGGAUGAUAGAUCAGAAUCACCUCCAUAUUAUCCUGGAACAAGGGGACGAAGAUCUUCAUCACAAUUGUUAGAAGACUCUCCACCGAGACGAUCUCAGUUCGCCAUGGGGAGACGACCUCAGUCUCCUCCACCAGAGUAUCUACGAAGGUCAUUGUCUCCUUCAGAACACAUGAUGGCGCCUGAACCAUGGGGGAGAGAACCAUCAAUGUCCCCACCAAGAGUCAGAGGUCAUAGGUCACCAUCUCCACCUUACCCUGGUGAUAGAUUAACGCCGUCACCUCCUCCCUACAUACCAAGAGGUCAGAGGUCACCAUCUCCUGGGAGACCAUAUCUUAGAGGUAGAUCUCCCUCACCAUAUAGACCAGGAAUGAGGAGAACACCUUCACCCCCAUUAUCAAGAGGAGCUCAUUCACCAUCACCACCACCAUUUUAUAGAGGAUCACCUCCACAUCGACCUGUCACUAGGGGCAGAUCACCCUCACCACCAUUUCAUCGUAGAUCACCAUCACCUCAUCGACCAAUGACAAGAGGUCAAACUGCUAUUCCCCCACAUGAUUUGAGAAAGAAACCAGUUGUAAAUUCUCCCAAGGUUCCAAUGACAAAUAAACUUAGAAAUAUCAAAUUUGGGUCCCCUUUUCAACAGAUGGGACCUAGAAGAGGAGGAAGGUCAUCACCACCAUCAGAAAGACCUCCUAGUAAAAGAGGCAGACGAUAAAACACCAUUUCUUAUAAUAACAAUUUAUGAUGUACAAUAAUAUUUGAAAAAAUAGUGUUCAACCUUUGAUAUAAUAUACUAUAGAUGAGGUCUGUUUUAGAAUUCUAGCUGCAUAAAAAAAACUUAUUCACCUUCACCCUCCCCUUUCUAUGAAAUUUAAAAGCAAAAUAACUUUAUGUUAGUCUAAAUCAAUUUGAUUUGACUUGUUAUUUUGUUUGAUUGUUUUAAAAAACAAGUAAAAUUGUCAAACAAAUGUCAUACCAGUAAUUGGAAAUGGAAUAUUGAGUACGCUAUCUAAACCAAAAAGUCAAUUUCAAUGCUAUUUGUCAAUCAUUAAGGUUUUAUAGCGUGCUAUGUUCAAAGUUAAAGUUUGUCUAUGAAUGUUUGAUCUUUUGGCUUGUGUUCAACAAAUUCCUUACCACAAUUUUUUUUUUAAUUGAGAGGACUUUAUUUAAUUUUGAAACUGAGGUUUUCUUGCCAUCCUUAUAGUAAUUCAAACUUUGAAUUAAUUAUCUGUUUGAGAUGGAUUACUAAGAUUGUACUUUUAUAUGUGGAUACAUUUGUACUAUUUUUAGUGAUUUUCAUGGACAACCUUAUUCAUGAAUACACUUGUUGUCCUAAUUAAAACAUGGGAAGAUCCUCAUGUAGGUUUGACUACAUGGAUACAUAAAAUUAUCUUCACAGUAUUGGAAUUUCACAUUGUACCACUUUGGGAUAUUUUUCUGACAUUUUUUUGAAAAUGCAUAGAAGAGUAAUCUCUAAAAACUAAUUUGAUAACAGAUCGCAUUUAUCAUGAAAAUGUUAUGUUGUCAAAAAAACAUUUGUAUUCACCUUGUCAUGAACAGAACUUGUAAAAGAUUUCAUGAUGUGAGAUCAUGUUAACUGUGCAAUUUAUGUAAAUAUUAAUCAUGCAAUGUUAAAUAUAUGUACAACUUUGCUUAAGUAUCUGAUAAGAAUUUGUGUCAAAUUAAGGUUGUUUCAGCCAUUUCCUACAAAAUCCUAUUAAACUGGAAUUUUUCCUCAGCAAAAUUUUGUAAACUAUUUUCAGCAACUCUUUUCACAAAAAAUGAUACGAUUAUAUUGAAAUGCUCAACAUUUUUUUUUUUUUUUUUUUUUAAAUUUUGGAACAUGAUUUGUAAUUGGUCAAGUCAUGGAAAUCAUCAUAUUUAUGUGGGAUUUGAGCAGCAAUCAUUGACUAAUGCUUCUUGUUAUUUUUGUUGUGCAUAUAGAUAUUAAAUAUUGCAAUAAACAAAUGUCAUCAUUCUUAAUGACAGUUUAUUAUUGGCUCAUAAAUAUGUAUAAUACUUA